AUGGGUUCUGGGCACGGUGGUCAGUGCUACGAGCCAGGCGUAGAGCCAAUCAAUCCGGAUUACGGCACCCCAAGAAUCUCCUCGGACUUCAGCUCUCGAAGCCAUCAUCAUCCCUACUCGACUCAAAAAGAGAACCGGCCAGCAUACCAUUCUGUGGAAGAUAUCCAGCAGUUCCUCGAAAAUGCCAAGGGCGUGCUGAAUGACAAUGAAGCUAUUCUGUUCCUCAGCGACGACAGCGAUACCUUUGAACACGUUACCCUUCUAAAGACCAUCCACUACCUGGGAACCGUUCUAAAGGUGACUGUCAGUGGCUCAGAGAAGAAGGAUUUUGUUUCCUAUGCAGCAAGUGCAGUUCCUCAACAGCAUACCGCCCUAGUCCUCAAGGUAUUAUCGUCAGCUGGUGCGCCUGGACGCAUGAAUCAAGGCGUCACUUCAAACAACAAUCCCGUCCUCCACUCGAGAAACAUCAUGCGGGGCACUGCGAUAAUUGUUAGCGAUCGCCCCUACCAGUUCACCUUGCAGUCUCAGUCCGUUCAGUUGGAGCAGUUGGAUAUCGCUGCAGCCAUCCAGUCCGGAUAG